AAAAAAAAGAGUGAGAGAGAGACAAUUUCAACUAAACUCAAAGUUUGACGUUAAAAAAAAUGACCAAGAAAGCUUAAAGACAUCAACAGGUCAUUAAAGACGGUCUAGAAAUGUUUUCCUGAAUGUGUGAGAGACAGAGAUAGAGAGAGAUGGAAAGCAAGACAGGAAAAGUCAGACAGAGAAGGAUGGACUCCUGUCAUAACAUGUUCUUCUAAAUGACCUGAAUUCCUGCAGAUUGCUCUGCAGUCAUGCUACAAUCAUUAUGCAAGCAGUUAUUUACACCUACAAGAAGAUACUUUUGUAUGGAAUGGAAGUUGGGCUUGUACGCUUUGCAUUGCUCGUGUUCUUCUGGACAGAAGGUUGGAUGUAUUUGCUGUGAGUCUCUGUGGAAUAUCCGCUGAAUUUCCCUCCUAAUUUUCCACAUUAUCCAGACACAUAUGGGUGGACAGAAACCGAUUUGUUCCCAGUCCUCAGGCCUGUGUUUAAUUUCAUUGUGUCUGUCGCGACCUCGAACUGAAGAUAUCUGAUCAUCAACAGUAUCUGAAGGCUGAUCCCAGAACAGUAGAACCAGGACCUGUGACUGUCUCUGUGAUCGAACAUCUUUUCCUGCAGUCAUCAUGAUUGACUUGAGCUACCUGACAGAGGAGGAGCAGGAGAUGAUCCUGUCAGUUCUGAAGAGAGAUGCUGAGUUGAAGCAUAAAGAAGAGCAGAGAAUUAAAAAGCUGCAGAAGACCGAGCAAGACAAGCACAAACUGAAGUACCUGACUGGGGAAUGGUUUUACGAGACCAAGUCAAGCAGACACAGCGACAAGAUCCAUGGCUCUGACAUCAUUAGAGCCUCCAUGAUGCACAGGAAACCUGUGACUAUAAUGGAGCUCACGCAGAUCUGGCCGGGAAAGUCAAGCUUUUUGAAAAACGAGAACAAGGACAUCUUUAUCCCACCAGAACUAUGUGGAUUAAUAGGGGACCCAUCAUCAUCUGCACAUGAUACCAGGGAGGAUCACUACCAAGUGGCAGAAUCUAAACCUUCUGCACACCCUCAGACAAAGCCUAGGCAGAAUCCUUUCAACAGCAAGCCCAUAGGGUUAGAAUCUCCUGUAAAGACAGAUGGACAUCUGCAAACUGGUGCAAAUAUCCAGCAGAUACCAGGGAACUUGCACCAGGUUCCUGCAGAUCAGCAGCCAGCAGUGGAGUCAUUGUCUUCAUUGCCUAAGCCAUGCCAGGCACCACAGAUACCUGCUGAGGAUUAUCAUGAGGAUCUUGCUGAGCCUCAUUCCUCGCAGGUGUCUGAGCCCUCUGACUCUCUUGUAGAACAAGGUAAGGUCAAUCAACCGAGUACAGAGGGCCACUUCCAUACAUUAACAGAGGAGGAUGAAAGCUCCAUCAAUAAGGUACUUGGGUGGGUUGGAAUGAUGUCCAGACACAGUGCCAAAGGAAAUGAAAGGCCUGGUGGUCAAGAGGAGCAGAACAGAGAAGGUCUUGAGGGUACUCCAGACACAGAAAAUGCAUCUCACACUCAGACAGAAAUAAAAGCAAAACCUUCACCAAAACUUAGGAUGGGUCUACCUGGGCUGUUUUCAAGAAAAAACACAGGAGUUGAGACUUCUGAAAAUGUGCUAGAUAAAGUGGAUGAUGUCUGUCGACCUGAGGACAAAAAAGACAACAUAAUUUUAGGAUGUUCUGCACAAAAUUCUGCUUCUGGACUGAACUUCAUAACAGAAGAACUUGAAGCAAAUCCAUGUCUUUCUAUGUUAGAUGAUAGAUCACACAACAUAGCUGAUGAUGACAUCCAACGAAAUGAGAGUCUAUACCGAGAUGAAGGAUCACAAAAUCGACUUGCCAGCCUGAUGUCAUUUUGGGAGAGUGGUAACAAAGGACCAAAAGUAUUGAGUAUCAAAAAAAGUGAGACCAAUGAGAACAAAGUGUCAGACCGAAAGAUACCAAAGGUAGAGUUUGACUCAAGCCCAUCUGAAACAAAAUUUUUCAAAUAUACAGAUAUUUGUGAGUCAUAUAAAAGUUUUUCUGAAUCACAUAGUGGAACCAGCCAUGAUGACAACAUUUCUGUUAUACCAUCUGUUGGGGAGAAAAUGUCAUCUUGUGAUACUGGUCAGAAGCCACAGGAGCAUGGACUUGAAAUUGGAAGCACGUCUGAAUCACUGAAUUCACCAAUUAAACAAAUGGAUGAUAUUCCUAUAUACAAACUAAAGGAAAAUUCUCCUGUGCUGUCAGUCAGAAAGGCUAUUACUGAGAAGGAUACCACCAGUGAUCUCAAGGCAUGCUGGGAGAGAGAAAAAGGUAGUCCUAAGAUAAUUAUCAGCACUCCUGACUGUAUACCGAAACAUUAUUCCCAACAAGGUCUCAACAUUUCUACCAACCCAAAUCGAGUGGAAAGUCCUGAGACAAGUAGCUCCUCUUUAAACAGAGAGCUUGGUGUGUUAAAGGCUUCAUCAAUAAGAAAACUUGAGCAAAGUUCCAAAAGAGUCCUUGUUAAUAGUCCUAUAGAUGACACAGAUAGGAAGUCUUACAGUAGAUCUCCAUUUAAGACAUGCAUGUUAGGUUCAGAUGAAAGCAUUAAGUUCAGUCCAGUAUCAUACCCCAUCAGAAAUAUCAGCUCAGUCUCUCAGGAUCACAGUGACCAGUCAACGGGUGACACAAUGAAAAUCCUAGAGCAAUCUAGCCCAAGACACACACCUAAAGUGUUGUUUAGAGGUUUAUUUACAGUCAAGGAGUCUAGAAUGGUUGGGUCCCCAGUGAGAACCUUUCCCAUAGAUAUCAAUCCAACUGAAAAGACACCCCUGAAAGGUUUGGAACACACACCCGGAGGACAAACCAGGUAUCCACAUGGACUGUCAAGUGCAGAAGUGUCAAGUCCUGGGAAAGAUGGGAACUUGCUGGCUGAGAGGCCAGAGCAGCAUCUCUUGUCCUUUCCAGGAAAUACACCUGAGAGAAACAUACAGUACCAGCUUACAUCUCCACACUCUCCACCAUGCUUUGGAAGGUCCCAGGAUCCAGGAACAAUCUACGUAGGCAAUAUCAAUAGUAAACAGACUAGUCAAGUCCAUUCCUUACCUGUUUCACAAGGUCAAACCUCUGUACGGCUGAUAACAUCACCUGAGCACCAUAGAAAGACCACCACUAAAAGCUCAACUGAAGGUAUUGAGGAGGUAAUACCAGUAGUCCUCCCAGAACAAACGCAGCUGGAUAACAUACAGUGCAAAACUUCUCUAACCAGGCCUUCCAUUCAUCUAAGCUGUCAGCAUCACCUAAGCUUAGCUGAGUCCACACAUGUAUCUAGGUUUUCAGACCAAACAGACAAGCAAGAGUGGGCCGGAGUACAGGCGUGUGAGAGUUCUGAACACAUGUCAUCCUCCAGCAGCGCAUCAGCAGAAGCCUGGUCUCUGUCUCGGACAAGUUCAGCCUGUGGCAGUGAUGGUCCUAGCCCAGUAAGUAAAGCACAGAAGCAAGCCAGCAUCAGACCCCUUUCUACUUCCAAGAGUUUAGAGGGCCUGGCAACCUCACCCUCAAAAGAUGAAAGAUGGAAAAAUGAACCAACGAGUGGAAUAACACAAACAAUGGAGGAAGAACUGGUGUCUACAGCUCCAUAUUCACUCAGCAUUGCUGUCUUGGACCCAGAGCAGUGUAAGAGGCUGAGUGCCUCAGUACCUGCUUUUAUGCAUGAGCAGGGUAACGGCAGAGAAAGUGACUGUCUCUCAGUGAACAGUUUCUGUUCUGAAAGACAGAGGAAAAGCAGCACAAAUACUAACACAAGUGCCUCCUCUGGCCUCACCUCUGUCAGUGGCAGUGUGACGAACAUUUACGGCACAGACUUUGGACAUGUGGAGGUUAAGGGAACCAUCCAGUUCGCCAUUAACUAUGUGAAUAAACUGGGAGAGCUCCACAUCUUUAUAGUCCAGUGCAGAGAUCUGGCAGCGGCAGAGCCUAAGAGGAACCGUACUGACCCGUAUGUUAAAUGUUAUCUUUUACCUGACAAAGCAAAGCUGGGGAAAAGGAAAACAUCUGUGAAGAAGAAGACUCUGAAUCCUACUUAUAAUGAAAUCCUCCGGUAUAAAAUACCACUGGAGAGCUUAAAGGUCCUCACUUUAAAUAUCUCUGUGUGGCAUAAUGACAUGUUUGGGAGGAACAGUUUUCUUGGGGAGGCCAAUGUGGAUUUGUCUGAGUGGGACAAUAAUACACACAUGAUGGACCGCAACCUCAAAGGAAGGAUUGCAACUCCAUCCAGUCCAACACAUGUUAACCACAAAAUGGAAAUGUGUGGAGAUAUGAGAAUAUCUUUGCGUUUCCUUCUGCAGACAUCUCAAAGUAACAAGACACCACAGACUGGUGAGAUUCAGGUCUGGGUAAAGGAAUGUACAAAUCUACCAACCAGAAGAGGGACUAUAGAUUCAUUUGUAAAAUGCUCAAUACUUGCAGACAACCAUCAGAAAAACCGACAGAAAACUCAGGUUGUAAAGAGGACGGCAAACCCAGUGUUCAACCACACCAUGGUCUAUGAAGGGAUCAGACCAGAGGACCUGAGAGACACCUGUGUUGAACUCACGCUGUGGGACCAUGAUCGGCUCAGUAAUCACUUCAUAGGCGGCACAAGGCUUGGCCUUGGAACAGGUAAAAGUCAUGGCACUGAGGUAAAGUGGAUGGAUUCUAACUCUGCUGAAUCUGCAUUGUGGAGAAGAAUGAUCGAAUCAAAUAAUGAAUGGGUAGAAGACACCAUACCUUUGAGGAUGCUCAUCAUGGCAAGAUAGUAACAGUCCAAGUGUUUGGCUCAAAAAAAGAUAUAUGUACAUGCCUUCAUUUGAGAUCAUAUCAAACACUACAUUGUGUAAGGAGUACUGAAAAUGUGUAUGUGUUACCUGUUAUUGUAAAAUAUUAAAAUAUACAGUACUGUGCAAUUUACUGUGUAUUUAGUACAAACUUUGUUAUAGAUUUUUAUUUAUGACUUAUUCAUUAUCGAGUCAGCACAAAAACAUUUUAGAUUUCCAAAUUUAAAUGAUACAGAAAAAAUUUGUAUGUCAGUGCAGAAGCAGCAUAUUACGUAAGAGACCAGACAAAAAUAACAUAAUGAAGGCUGCUGGGUUUUGCUGCAAAAAUAAGAAGAAAGUGCGACAGUCAAAGUCUCCAGAAGAACUGUGGCUGGUUCUGCAAGAUGCUCAGAAAACUCACAGCUCAUUUCCUUACAAAACUGCACUAAUUGUAUGUGAGACUACUGUUUUUUUAAAGCAAAAAAGGGUCGUCACACCAGAUAUUGACUUUGUUUCAUUUAUUACUGUUUACUGCUCUUUAUAGAAUUUGUUUACAUUUAGUAACAAUUCAUUUCAUUAUGUUCGAAGGCAUCUUUGCUCUGCAGCAUUUCUUUGCAUGUGCCUAUGACUUUUGCACAGUACUGUAUAUAUUCUACAUUAUAUGUCAUUAACAAAUUAUAUAAAUUGUGUAUAUGAUGUAGUGGGUCAGGUCAGGACCGUGGUCAGGAAAUGCUACAGAGAGUGGGCCAGUUUGUAAACUGUUUGUAAAUCCUAGUCUUAAACUAUGCGCACUGUAAUUUUUCCCUGCAUUAACAAACCUAUUUCAACAUCAUAAUCCUUUAAUUCGCUGAUCAGUCAGAUGUGAUGGGUGGAUGUGAUGGGAAAACACUAAAAUGUGUAGCACAGAGGGAUUAAAAUACGUAUUAUGUAUAUGUAUUAUAGAGAUAAUCCUCAGGUGGCUAAGAAGCUGUUUCUGCAUUUUUUAUGUUGGAAACUGAAUGUCUUAAUUAGAGCACUGUAUUUAAAAUAGCUCUACUGGUGAUGUACAGACAAUCAUUUUAUUAAAGCACUUUCACUACACAUUAAAUGUUCAGUGGCCUCAGGAUAAAA